AUGUUGACUAUUGGCGGACGUGGGCUCAAAGGCCCCACUGAGCGUGCGCACACCCGGCUGCUGCAGCCCUUUGGGCUGCGGAGCCUGAGUUGGUCCCAAAGCGGAAGUGCUUCUCCGGCGCUAGUUCUCGUAACUGUCUCCUUUGCACCGAGCAGAAAAUCUGUUGUCGAGAAAGAGGGACUCAUGACAUUUGAGGAUGUGGCUGUGGAUUUUACCCAGGAGGAGUGGCAGUACCUGAACCCUCCACAGAGAACCCUGUACAGAGACGUGAUGCUGGAGACCUACAGCAACCUGGUCUCUGUAGGGUAUCAUGUUACCAAACCAGAUCUUAUCCUCAAAUUGGAGGUGGAAGAGCAAUGCCUGCCAGAAGGAAAAAUUCCAAUUUGGAGCUUUCCAGAAGCCUGCCAGGUUGAUGAACAGAUUGAGAGACAGCAUCAGGAUGACCAAGAUAAAUAUCUGAUGCAAGUUGGAUUCCCUGACAAGAAAACAAUUACCAGUAAGAGUGGCCUUGACUAUAAUGAACUUGGAAACAUACUUUAUCUGAGUACAAACCUUUUUGCUUCAAUACAAAGGCCCCAUAAAUAUGAAUCAUUUGGAUAUAAUAUGGUUGAUAAUUUAGACUUAUAUAGUAGAAGUUCUGUGGGAAAGAAAUAUGAUAAUGGAUGUGCAAAAUUAUUCUUCCAUACUGAGUAUGAGAAAACAACUCCCAGAGUGAAACCUUAUGGAUAUAAAGAGUGUGGGAAGACCCUCAGGCAAAAGAAGGGUCUUAGUCUACAUCAGAGAAUUAAAAAUGGAGAGAAACCGUUUGAAUGUACUGCCUGUAGGAAAACUUUCAGCAAGAAGUCACACCUCAUUGUACAUUGGAGAACUCAUACAGGAGAGAAACCCUUUGGAUGUACAGAAUGUGGAAAAGCUUUUAGCCAAAAAUCUCAGCUCAUUAUACACCUGAGAACUCAUACAGGAGAGCGACCCUUUGAGUGUCCAGAAUGUGGAAAAGCUUUCAGAGAAAAAUCUACUGUCAUUAUACAUUACAGGACUCAUACAGGAGAGAAACCUUAUGAAUGUAAUGAAUGUGGAAAAGCCUUCACUCAGAAGUCAAACCUCAUUGUCCAUCAGAAAACCCACACAGGAGAAAAAACUUAUGAAUGCACCAAAUGUGGGGAAUCUUUCAUACAGAAACUUGAUCUAAUUAUACAUCAUAGUACUCAUACAGGAAAGAAACCCCAUGAAUGUAAUGAGUGUAAGAAAACUUUCAGUGAUAAGUCAACUCUCAUUAUACAUCAGCGAACUCAUACGGGAGAGAAACCUCAUAAAUGUAUGGAAUGUGGGAAGUCUUUCAAUGAGAAGUCAACCCUCAUUGUACAUCAGCGAACUCAUACAGGGGAGAAACCCUAUGAAUGUGAUGUGUGUGGGAAAACCUUCACCCAAAAGUCAAACCUUGGUGUUCAUCAAAGAACUCAUUCAGGAGAGAAACCCUUUGAAUGUAAUGAAUGUGAGAAAGCAUUCUCUCAGAAAUCCUAUCUCAUGCUACACCAGAGAGGUCAUACAGGAGAGAAGCCCUAUGAAUGCAAUGAAUGUGAAAAAGCAUUUUCCCAGAAAUCUUAUCUCAUUAUACAUCAAAGAACACAUACAGAAGAAAAACCUUAUAAAUGCAAUGAAUGUGGCAAAGCCUUCAGAGAAAAGUCGAAGCUCAUUAUACAUCAGCGAAUUCAUACAGGAGAGAAACCCUAUGAAUGUCCUGUAUGUUGGAAAGCUUUCAGCCAGAAGUCACAGCUCAUAAUACAUCAGCGAACACACACAGGAGAGAAACCCUAUGCAUGCACUGAGUGUGGCAAAGCCUUCAGAGAAAAAUCAACAUUCACUGUUCAUCAGAGAACUCAUACUGGAGAGAAACCCUAUAAGUGUACAGAAUGUGGGAAAGCCUUUACUCAAAAAUCAAAUCUUAUUGUACAUCAGAGAACGCAUACAGGAAAGAAAGCCCAUGGGAAAGGCCAUUCUUGGAAGUCCAAGCUCAUUGCACAUUAG